AAUGUGUAAAUUAAAUAAAGUAGACGUAUAUCUAAGUAAAACGAUUAAAUUUUAAUUAAUUAUCUAAAGCUUUAAUUUAAAGAAAACCUGUUAAUGUAUUAACGUUGUUAUAGAGCGUUGGUGUGUUUAUUAAAAAUAUGUUAUGGUCUCCCAUCAGUUGUGUUCAAAGACGAAUUUAGAUAAAUUUUCUUUCUAUUUAUCUACGUGAAUAAUGUGAUAUAGUAUCCUUAUAUUUAUUUUAUAAUGAUCGGAGCAGUUAGUAAUCACUGUUUGACCUGAAAUAAUAUUGAAAAUGGACGAGGCUAACAGAAAGUCUGUAAAUAAUACAGUAGACAACUUAUUAGAAAAAAUUUCUUCAGGUAAUAAUGCUAUUAAUGGGCAGUUUGUGCCUCUGGCAUUCUCAUCUGACAUUACUUGUGCCACAAAUAAUUGUUCCUGGUCUCUGCAAAACCAGAUGCAUAAAAAUGCAUAUAUGAAUCAUUACUCUGUUGGAAAUAUCCAUCCAACUGAAGCUGAGGCAACAUUUCCAGUUAAUCAAACGCCAAUCUAUCAACAACAAUUACCUUUCAACUACAUGCAGCAAACACAACUUCAUAUGCUAAGGUCUGAUUUGUACGAUGGUCAUCAAGACAUUCACAUGAAUGCCUUCCAGUGUCAGAAUAUAAACAAUGGUGAUUAUGGAGUUCAAGACCUUUUAUAUAAUCCUGAGCUGAAAGCACAAAACUUUCAGUAUGUAAACAGUGUGCCUCCUUUAGAACAAAAUGUAAAUAUACAUAAUUCUGAUUCAAAAUCCAAUUCAAAUUCAUCUCAGUUUAUUGAAAACUUGGUAGGAAAUUGGAUGCCUAAUACAAGUGGCACUUAUUCACCAUUUGGGAAUGUGCAUGUUUCUAACAAUGUUAGAAAUAUAUUGAGUGAACAUGUGCAGCCAAGUCCAAGAGAUAUUCAAGAAAAUGUUGAAGAGACAAAUGGAAAAUUUGAAGAUGCUUAUUUUCCAUUUUCAAGAGAUAACAGAAAACCUAGAAUGGUUGCUGAAGUAAAACCAAUGAGACCAAGUUAUUCAGCAGUUCUAACUAAAUCUGCACCACACACACUAAAUAAGCCAAAAGCUGAAUUGAAAGAUUUUAAAAAUAAAAAAGAAAACUGCAAAAGAAUUCCUAAAGAGAAAAUACAUAAAAAUGUCAAUGUUAAUCGUAAUAAUAAUAAUGGUAGUAGUAAUAACAAUGAGAGUAAAAUUGAUAAGAAUACAUGCAAUAACAAAACUAAAGAAAAACAAAACAAGGAAAAUAGACCUGCACAGUUAAAUAGGAAAUGGUCUUCUUUAGAUAAUGUUACAUCUGUUUCUGACGACUUUAAACCGGUGUCUGAAUCUCUAAACAACACUGAUUCAAAAUGUACUAAAAAGGACAUUGAGGACCAUAUUCCUCCAAAAAAUAAUACUAAAAUUAAUAGCAAGAAAGUUUCUAAACCUGUUGAUAAUGAAGAUACUGACUCAAAUAAUGGAAAAAAUGAAAGUUUUAUUUCCAACAAAAGCUCUCUUAGAAAAAAUAAAUUUGCCUCAAAACCAAAAUACUCUGAUGGUUUUGGUAGUACAGAAAAACCGCCUGGAAGAAGAAGUCAACGAUCAAGAAAAAGAGAAAAUACAACAGCUCCUUUUGGAUAUAUUGGUCAGAAGAUGAAGAAGUACAUACCUGGCUGGUGGAAAAUGCUAACUUCAAUAUGCUUUUGGCUAAUACAUCUAAUUUUGGAUAUUUGCAGCUUAAGUGUUCAUCUCUCUCGUGAAGUAUCUUGUCAAGCAUGGUCAUGGUCAAAGUUGAAGUGUUCCUUAUUUUGCGAUACAAUAAUUGCGAUUUUAAAACGUUUCCGUUUCUUAACAUGGAUCUGGGAGAAGGUGAAUCGUAAAAAAGAGAAAGAAGAACCACCUCAUUCGUUCAAACAUCCAGGACUGCAAUAUAAUAUAACAAUGCCGUCUACUGGAGAAGAGGCGAUGAAAAGACUUUUAGCUUGUAAAGGAAAAGAUCCAUAUAGUAUCUUAGGAGUUACUCCAACAUGUACAGACGACGAUAUCAAACGGUAUUACAAACGACAAGCUUUUCUAGUGCAUCCUGACAAAAACCAGCAACCCGGUGCUGAAGAGGCCUUUAAGAUAUUAGUGCAUGCUUUUGACAUGAUCGGAGAACCAGAAAGAAGAGCUGUUUAUGAUAGGGGUGUUGCGGAAUCGGUACAAGUUGAACAGGCAUGGAGCGAACUAAAUGAUCUUCUAGCGCAACUUCAGCAAAAAGUUGAAGCAGCAACUAACACGAUUAGAUGCAGUGCCUGCGGAGUACGACACAAAAGAGUGAAAGUGGAUAGACCAAGUUAUGCUGCUCGAAAUUGUGCCAAUUGUAAAAUUCAUCACGCAGCUAGAGAAGGUGACAUUUGGGCAGAAGCGCGUUGUUUCGGGUUUCUUUGGCAUUAUUAUGCAUGCAUGGAAGGCGCUAUCUACGAUAUUACGGAAUGGGCCGGCUGCCAAAAAGAUAGUUUAAAACAUCUCAAACCUGACUCUCAUCAAGUACAAUAUCGUAUUGCUUUGGGUAAACAGACUGCUCAGACACGCAAAAAUACCGCUAGAUCCGAAAGACUGCCUCCAGAUCUCGAAAAUCUCCUAAACAGUUUCUACGGAAAUCACGACAAUUCUAGCACCGCUAAACGCAGAAAUAAGAAGUUUAAUAAGUAGCUUUUAUUACUAUAACAAUUUGAAAUAGUGUAAAACUUAAAUAACAAUCCAUGUUAUAUAAUAAAAAAACUUGGAA